UCCGAGAGCCUUCAUUUGCAUUCAACCAAAACGGACGCUUUUGUUAUUCUUCGUGUCUUGUUGUGUUUUUCAUCUGAGAUGUGUGGAGGAGCUAUCAUCUCUGAUUUCAUUCCGGCGGCGGCGAUCGCCGGGUCUCGCCGCCUGACCGCCGAUUACCUGUGGCCGGAUUUGAAGAAGCGGAAGUCUGACUUGGACGUUGACUUCGAGGCUGAUUUCAGGGAUUUUAAAGACGAUUCUGAUAUCGACGACGACGACGACGAUCACCAAGUCAAGCCCUUUGCUUUCGCCGCCUCUUCUCGUCUGUCUACGGCAGCGAAAUCUGUGGCAUUCCAAGGUCGGGCUGAGAUAUCUGCAAAUAGAAAGAGGAAGAAUCAGUAUAGGGGAAUCCGUCAACGCCCUUGGGGAAAAUGGGCAGCUGAGAUUCGGGAUCCAAGAAAGGGGGUUCGUGUCUGGCUUGGAACCUUCAACACUGCUGAAGAAGCUGCAAGAGCUUAUGAUGCUGAAGCACGGAGGAUUCGUGGCAAGAAAGCCAAGGUGAAUUUUCCUGAGGCACCAGGUACUUCUUCUGUAAAACGUUCCAAGGUAAAUCCACAGGAAAAUCUUAAGACUGUUCAGCCCAAUCUGGGUCACAAGUUCAGUGCUGGCAACAAUCACAUGGAUCUGGUGGAACAGAAACCCCUAGUUAGCCAGUAUGCUAACAUGGCUUCCUUCCCUGGCAGUGGAAAUGGGCUAAGAUCCCUUCCUUCGUCUGAUGAUGCAACCCUUUACUUCAGUUCAGAUCAAGGGAGUAAUUCAUUUGAUUAUGCUCCUGAGAUCUCAUCCAUGCUUUCUGCUCCUUUGGAUUGUGAAUCUCAUUUUGUGCAAAAUGCCAACAAGCAGCAGCCUAACUCUCAGAAUGUGGUAUCUAUUGAAGAUGAUUCUGCAAAGACACUCUCUGAGGAGCUUGUGGAUAUUGAAUCUGAGUUGAAGUUCUUUCAGAUGCCUUAUCUUGAAGGGAGCUGGGGCGAUACUUCAUUGGAAUCCUUGCUAUCUGGUGACACAACUCAGGAUGGUGGAAACCUCAUGAACCUUUGGUGCUUUGAUGACAUUCCUUCCAUGGCUGGUGGAGUUUUCUGAACCGCUUUUUCUUUGGUCUCCCUGUGUGUAAAUAAAGCUACAAGUUGUUUUUCUCUGUUUUUGAUUUUUGUUGCAUUUGUUGUUCUCUUGUUGGACACAUCCCCCCAUGUGUCUGAAAAAAAAAAUGUAAUUUCCAUUUUUGUUGCUUUCUGGAAUGGUUGUCAUCCGUGUUGAAGAUGGAGUUAAAACAAUUAACUCGCUCAAGCAUCUCUUGUAUCUAAAGUAUGGGGCUAUAUAGUUAUUUAGGUGUCCUUUGCCUUGUCAAAGGCCUUAGUUUUGGGGAAAUCUCGAUUGUUGUUCGAGGGUGAUUAUAUAUGAUCUGUGAAACAAUCUUGGCUGCUGAUAAUUUUUAACUGGGUUGUUUCUCUA